AUGUCUGAACAACAAGCACAAUUUCACGAAAAGCCUUCGAAUGAGCCUUCUGACGAUUGCCAGAAUGACGAACAUUCGAACUCCCACCAGGGAGAUCUCGCUCGGGCGAUAACCAACCAGUCAGCGAUGGAAAUACCAAAAAGCUUACUGCAUGAGGUCAUAUUCAUCGGUGUUGUGUGUGGUGCUCAAUUCAUGACACAGGCGGGUCUUGCCAUUGCUAUUGUGCCCCUUCAUAUCAUUGGUCAUAGCUUCCACGUCACCAAUCCCGGCCAAUUAAGUUGGUACGCAGCCGCGUACAGCCUAACCGUGGGAACCUUCAUUCUCGUUGCAGGAAGACUAGGAGACCUCUAUGGGCAUAAACUCAUGUUUAUCGGUGGCUUCCUUUGGUUUGGCCUAUGGUCCCUUCUCGGAGGGUUUUCCGUAUGGUCAAACCAAAUAUUUUUCGAUAUUUGCCGUGCAUUCCAGGGGAUCGGACCGGCCUUUUUGCUACCAAACGCCCUGGCUAUUCUGGGACGCACAUACCCCGCUGGACCUCGAAAGAAUAUGGUGUUUAGUAUCUUCGGUGCGACCGCACCAGGAGGGUUUUCUGUCGGGGGUGUGUUCUCGGCUCUCCUAGCUCAGCGCGCCUGGUGGCCGUGGGCAUAUUGGAUCAUGGGAAUCGCUUGCAUAGGAUUUGCGGUCCUUGGGUUUUUCGCUAUUCCUGAAUCAGAACCUCCGAAACUAUCGGAUCAAACGCCUUGGUGGGUCAAAUGUGAUCUAUUAGGUGGCUCACUUGGUGUUGCCGCUCUGAUUCUUAUAAAUUUCGCUUGGAAUCAAGGGCCAAGUGUCGGUUGGCCAACCGUAUAUGUCUAUGUACUUUUGAUCGUCGGCUUCCUAUGCCUUGCCCUAUUCUUGUGGAUCGAGUUCCACGCAACAUUCCCCUUACUGCCUGGGGAUAUUUUCUCUGAGAAUGUUGCGUGGGUACUUGGCUGUGUCGCUGCUGGUUGGUCCAGUUUUGGGGUUGUGGUCUUGUAUUUCUUCGAAUUCAUGGAAGUCAUCAAGGGAGAUACCCCUCUUCUAGCGCUUGCAAAGUGGGCACCGUCCGCUGUGUCUGGUGCAAUCGCUGCGAUUACAACUGGUUUCAUUCUCGCUCGAGUGCGUCCCAGUGCGAUCAUGUUGAUGGCUAUGCUUGCAUUUACAGGUGGCCAAAUCCUCCUAGCCACACUGCCUGUUCACCAAACAUAUUGGGCCCAAACAUUCGUUAUUUCCAUCUUGACCCCAUGGGGCAUGGACAUGUCUUUUCCGUCUGGGACACUUAUCCUCAGUGACAGCAUGUCACGGGAGCACCAAGGACUUGCUGCCUCACUCGUCAACACCAUUGUGAACUAUUCCAUCUCGAUCGGACUUGGCCUUGCUGGAACCGUCCAAAGUCAAGUGGACCGCGGUGGCAGCGACACAUUAAGAGGUUAUCGAGGUGCAAGCUACAUGGGCAUUGGUCUCGCUGGUCUGGGAGUUGCCAUUGCUAGCAUGUUCUUCAUUCGAAGUCUAACUAAGCGUGACAAGGCCCACUCCACGGCCAUAACGGAUAAUUCGGACAUGGAAGAUGGUUUAUGA